AUGGAGCAGUGCUCACCCUGCUCUGUGCUCUGUCUGUUGACCAUCCUGCUUCUUCUGCAGCUGCCCACCGCUGGGUCUGUAGAGGAGUUCCUGGUGAUUGGCCCCUCGGAUCCUAUUAUUGCCGUGGUGGGAAGCGACAUCACACUGCCCUGUCGUGUGUCCCCGGUCAUGAAUGUUGAGAACAUGGAGCUGAGGUGGUUCCGCUCCAAGUUCUCCGAAGCUGUGUUCAUCUACCAAGACCAUCAGGAGGAGACUGAGGAGCAGAUGGCCCAGUACAUGGGGCGGACCUCACUGGAGAUGGACCUCCUUUCCCAGGGGCAGGCUGCCGUGCAUAUCCACAAGGUCCAGGCUGCAGACAAUGGACAGUACACUUGCUUCUUCAGAAAGGGAAACUUCUAUGAGGAGGCUAGUUUGGAGCUGAAGGUGGCAGGUGUGGGCUCUGCCCCUCAAGUGCACAUCACAGGGCCCGAGGAGGACGGGGUCCGCGUGGUGUGCAGGGCGACAGGCUGGUUCCCCAAGCCCCAAGUGAAGUGGAAAGACUCCAGCGGGGGGAAGUUUCUGGCCUUCUCAGAGACCAAGUCCCAGGACGCUGAGGGGCUGUUCAGCGUGGAGGCAGCGCUGGUGGUGAGAGACAGCGCAGUGGGGAAUGUGACUUGUUCCAUCCUCAACACCAUCCUGAACCAGGAGAAGGCCAUGGCCAUUUUCAUCCCAGAGCCCUUCUUUGCGAAGACCUCUCCAUGGAAGCUGGCCUAUGUUGUGUGUGUGACCUUGCUGACGUUCUUGGUCCUUGGCGCUGCCUAUUACACCUGGAGAGAACGUUCCAUAAAGGUGCAGGAGAGGCAGAAACAAGAGAAGCUGCACCAGGAUAGGAAGGAGGAUGAGCAGGCAAAGCAGGCUUCGCUGAAGGCCAUAGGUGAAUUGCAGGCAAAUUUAAACCAGAGGAAGACUAAGUACUUGGCUGCCUGGAGGAAGGCCCGGAUGUAUGCAGAUUGGCGCAAGGACAUAUUCCAGACCUGGUCUAUCACUCUGGAUCCAGCUUCUGCCAGUCCUGGAAUUGUCAUCUCUCACAAGAAUACAAGUCUGACCUUGAAGGACACUGAUUCAACAUUAGACACACAGAGCAUCUUAGGCCUUAAGGUCAUCACAUCAGGGAAAUGCUGCUGGGAGGUGGAAAUCAGCAAUGGAAACAGAAGCUUUUGGGCUCUGGGGGUCUGUAGAGAAGAUGUGAAAAGGACAGUCUGGUACCAAGAGUCUCCACUCAAAGGGUUCUGGGUUGUGGGGAAUACUGAACAAGGAAUUCAUGCUUUUACUAAUAGUCCUUUGUCUCCUCUGUCCCUUCGUCAGUUUCCCCACAGACUGGGGGUUUUCCUGGACCCUGAAGAAGGGGAUAUCUCCUUCUAUAACAUGACUGAUGGCUCCCACAUUUACUCCUUCUCUCAUGUUUCUUUCUCUGGGACCCUCUUUCCGUACUUUAGGAUUCAGUCAGGAGCUGUGUCCCUGUCCAUCUGCUCCGUGGUGAGUGGGCCUGAGCCCCCUGUUAAGAGUUUUUCUUUCUCUCAGGAGGAGCCUGUGAGCUCAGACUCUGGUGUUGAUGGUGCUCCCCCAGGGCCCAAAUCUCCAUUACUCCACUGA